AUGUGUGGCAUCUUCUGUCUGCUCAGCUUCUCCCCCGUUGAGUCUCCCACCGACCAAUGGCUUCACCAAAACCUGAGCAGGCGAGGGCCCGACUCAACCCAGGACCUGACCGUGACCCACGCACAACCCUUCUAUCGAUGUCUGUUCUCCGCACACGUGCUCCACAUGCGGGGCGCCCUCACCCCUCAGCCGGAGCGAGACGCCGCUGGGAACGUACUUCUGUGGAACGGGGAGAUCUUCAGCGGUAUCGCAGUGGCGCCAGAGGAGAACGACACUCGCGUAAUGGCGCGUCAGCUCUCCUCGUGCGAUACCCCUGCCGAGCUUCUCUCAGUGGUCUCACGCGUGCGGGGGCCCUGGGCAUUUGCCUACUACCAGCAGGCCCAACACUGCCUUUGGUUCGGCAGGGACUUCUUCGGGAGGCGGAGCUUGUUGUGGCAGUUUGACGCGGAGGCCGAGGCCUUGACCCUGACGUCGGUGGGGGGCGACUGCUCUCUGACCGGUGCGGACCCCUGGCUAGAGGUUCCCGCGGCGGGGGUGUACCGGAUCGACCUGAAGGCGGGACGUGUUGCCGGGACGGGCGGUGUGACGCUGGAGGUUUAUCCCUGGGCUACGGGAGGGUGCGGGCUCCCGUCCCCUGAAAGCGUCCCUAGCAACUGCGUGGCAACAAUGAACCAGUGGGGCCUGGUCCUACCAUCGCCCGUGUCCCCACUCAACAUGCUGCUUCCCGAGGUCGAGGUGGGAGUACUUCCGUCGUCUCCGGCUUCCAGUGUUGUGGCGACGGAUCUGGAGGAGGUGCUGGCGUCCAGGGAAAGGACCGGCGAGGUGGACCACCUCAACGCCGUGCUCAGCGAGGCGGUGCGGCGGCGCGUUCAGGCCUUGCCCGGCGACAUCAGAGACGAGUCAUUGACCGACCACGCCUCCGUGGCGGUCCUCUUCUCCGGGGGGAUCGACUCCAUGAUCCUGGCGGUGUUGGCGGACCGGCACGUACCCGCGGGACAACCCAUCGACCUCCUCAACGUGGCCUUCAAGCUGCAGGAGCCCAAGACUCAGAAACAACAAUCCACAAAGAAGAAGAAGAAGAAACCCGAAACAGACCAAAACAAACCGACGACGGACUCGGCGAAUGUCCCCAAGGUCUCCGAGAUUUCCUCGCCGUUCGACGUCCCGGACAGACUGACGGGGCGGGCGGGGCUGCUGGAGCUGCAGGCUCUGAACCCGGAGAGGAAGUGGAACUUUGUGGAGGUAAACGUGACGCAGGAGGAGCUGCAGGAGACGCGGCGGGAGCGCGUGCGUCACCUGGUGCAGCCGCUGGACACGGUGCUGGACGACAGCAUCGGCUGCGCCAUGUGGUUUGCGGCGCGGGGGGAGGGCUUCGUCACGCAGGACGGCGACCGGACGCCGUUCUCUUCGCCGGCAAAGGUCCUUCUGACGGGCAUCGGGGCAGACGAGCAGCUGGCGGGCUACUCCAGACACAGGGUCCGCUUCCAGACCUCCGGCCACCAGGGGCUGGUCCAGGAGCUGGGCAUGGAGCUGGGCCGCAUCUCCUCCAGGAACCUGGGCCGGGACGACCGCAUCAUAGCGGACCACGGGAAGGAGGCCAGAUUCCCGUACUUGGACGAGGACGUGGUGGACUACUUGAACUCCCUGCCCGUGUCGAGGAAGGCGGACCUGUCUCUGCCCCGCGGUGUGGGGGAGAAGCUGCUCCUGAGGCAGGGGGCCAGGGCCCUAGGCCUGGGACCCUCCGCCCUCCUCCCCAAGAGAGCAAUGCAGUUCGGCUCCCGCAUCGCCAAGAUGGAGAACAGCCACGAGAGGGCUUCCGACCGCUGCAACCGACUGCUCAGCGCUUAGAAGACAAUCUCAGCCUGUGUUCUUUAAUACAUGGGAUUCUAUUUUUAUUCUGAUGAAAUUCUGUCAUUAUAAAAUUACAUGCAUUAGAAUCUGUUGUAGUAACCUGCCAUUGUAUGGAAUAUAUAUAUAUAUAUAUAUGCAAAUCAUAUUUACAAAUAACCCCAAAAUUGAUUAUUAUUGAAGCAAUCUUCACUAUGCUCAGAUAUGAAAUUUCAGGUCCAAAUGAGGUAUGCGUGUCGUGUGAUUGUUCCGACACACAGCAGAAUAAAGAUUUUUUUUCUUUAAACCAUGUAGGACUCGACAUUCUUCAGCUUUUCUUUGAAAUAUAGAUCGCAUUCGAUGUAGGAGGGCAGGUUUCCAACGUCAAAACGUCCAGAUAUUUCGUGGGUGUAGACCGGGCUCCUGAAAGGAUAGCUUAUUGAGUUAUCAUGAACAUAUUAAAACCUAUGUUCACAACUUUUGCUAGACUAGGGGCACCUUCACACCUGGAGAAAUCUUAAAACACCAUGGAUUAUGCUUAAGUCAUAUAUUUGCAGUUGAAAAAAAUUCAACUUUCUUUGUGAUAUUCAUCAAUAUAACAUACUUGGUUUAUCCAAAAUGGGACGAUCAUUUACAGGAAAUAUAACCUACUGCUGGUUCAAAUACAAGGGUGGGAAGAAGUGUUGAAACUACCUUUGAAUGAGCCAAGACACAAAGUUUCCCGGGGCAUCUCUGUCUUGAAUAGGUAAAUCCUACAGAGGAGUUCAGAAAUGUAGGUCUUAAAAGAACAUUCUAGUUUAUUUAAGGAAUAAGGGAUUGAUGAUGAUGUGACUUGCCUUCUUAGACUCCAGAAAGUUGUCCAGGAGGGGGAGACAUUUCUUAGAGAGCAUGUAGAAACACGGACACUGCAAUGUGUUGGAAAUGAAAAUCUGAUUGUUUAAAAGGCUUCAAUAUAAGUAUCAGAACGCUAAAGAGGAGGAAUGUGUGCACAUGUUCAUGAUUUUACUGGGAUAACACUUAACUACCAUACUAAAAAAACGAAUUGAAUAGUUUUAUUUAUCCCUUGACAUUAUAGUAUGCAUGUAAAUAUGUGGUUGCUAAACCAUCAAUCCUAAUCAUCAUACUAUCAAAAAACUAAUCAAGACAACUUUUCAGGCAUGAAAAUUUGGUAAAAACAUCUAGCUAUCCAAUCAAAGCUAGCCUGUAGAUACAUACUUCUUGUAAACCCCUGAACUUACUGCUCUCCUGGACUCUGUUUCAGCAGCAGUGGGUUUCUCCUUCAUACACAACACUCUGAGGUCCUCGUCUACUUCUAGAAUACCGUACUUGUGGGUGUCUGGGAAAAACAAAUGUAAUCGUAAAUCAAGGAAUACCACUGCAUUAGCGACCAAUACAGGAGAA